AUGGUGUCAACGCAGUGGAGUUGGGAUAGCGCUCGACUAAUUGCUUUAGUUCUGAAUGCUUUAUAUGGGCUUGAGCAAUAUUACAAUAGUUGCUACAAGGAUCUCAACGCUGAUGGUUUAUUUGGUUUACGAAUUAUUGAAGGUCAUCUAAAAAGUAUACAGGAACAUGUGGACGGUCGUGGUGUGGAUUCAGAAAUUAUGGAUGAAAUACGUAAUCUGAGUUUAAUGGCUAGUAUGAUUGCAAACAAAUCUUUACCUUUUGUUGCCAGUCGAGAUAGGGAAUAUUUUAAUGAGUAUCAGUUCCUCCUUCACCGACCAUAUAAAAUGAAUUUUAUACCGCAGCGUACCAAUGAAAGAUUUAGAUGGAAAGAGAAACAACUAAAAACUAGCAAAAGUGAUAAGAUUUUUCCUCCUCCUAUUCUACUCGCAGAAAAACAAAGUAGCAGGUGCUUCAUUGAGCUACUUUUGGCAAAUUCUAACUUGACGCUGAAGCCUUACAAUUGUCAUUUAAGUAUUGACUGUAUGGAACGGAUGCUUAACCAACGUGGUUUUACAGGGUAUCAGUUGACGCGCCAGAUAUUAUAUGUUUCUAUCGCUCUUCAGACUUCCUGCAGUUCCACUUUAUCUAACUUCAUCUUUUUAACAAGAAAUCAAACAAUAACAUCUUUCGUCACAGAGCAUUGCACAAAUAUGGUCGAUGAACUAACUGUUUUGUUACGAAAUCCCAGGAUUACGGCUAGGCUUAAUUCCGAUGAGCGUGAUUUACUAAUGGAACAAAUUUUCACUUGUGGCCAGUUUGGUUUUGUUGAGCUUUCAUCGCUUCACUUCUUUGCAUCCAUAUUAAGUUGGCAGAAUCCUACGCUAGGGUGCUUUAUGAAUGACAAGUCAGAUACUAUGAUCGGUGAUGUGAAUAAUUCGUACAGAAAUGAUGGAUUAAAUUCUGUUUCAGAUAUAUGCUCAGCACAUUCUGCAACAGUUGCUGCGGGCGCGCUUGCAGUUUACCUUCGUUUUUUAUUGGAUCGUGGACCAUGGCCUGAAUACUAUCUAGCUGAUCAGCCGGUGGUUGUAUAUGGUAUUGCAGCGGAAGAAAAGUUUCGACAGUUUAGUUAUGGCCGUUGGGUACGUGAUUCGUUCAUUUCGUCUGUACGUCAUGCACGGCCUCCUGAAAUUGGCUGGUCACCAGAUUUGUUUGCUUAUUUUCUGCUUCUCUCAAUCAUGUUGGGUGGUUUUAUUAUUAGUCAUUUUUGUUACAAACCAAGAGUAAAACAAUUUUAUCACUUUUCAUAUAAAAAACUUUGA